CAUGUUAUGCUAAGAUAAUAAGACUUUAAAAAAGAUGUCCUGUCAAGUGAAAGUCAAAGAGGGCAUACUCCAAGGAAAAUUGUGCAACUACAGUGGAAAGGAAUAUUAUAGCUUUGAAGGCAUCCCAUAUGCUAAGCCACCCAUCGGGGAUUUGAGGUUUCGGGAACCCCAGGAGCCGGAAAACUGGACAGGUGUCCGCGAUGCAUUAAAACCAGGAAAUAGUUGCAUACAAUUAAAGCCAGGAACAAGACAGCAUUUCGGAUCCGAAGACUGCUUGUACUUAAAUGUUUACACUCCAAGUCUACCUGAAAAAGGACUUAGAAAACUUCCAGUGCUAGUUUACGUCCAUGGUGGAAAAUUCUUAUUUGGGUUUGGUGAUUACUACAGGCCAGAAUACUUAAUAGAGCAAGAUGUCAUGUUAGUGACAUUGAAUUACAGACUCCAUGCCCUAGGCUUUCUAUGCCUUCAUAUACCUGAAGCUGCAGGGAAUAUGGGGCUUAAAGACACUGUAAUGGCACUAAAAUGGGUUAAAAAUAACAUUAGCAAGUUUAAUGGAGAUGAAAAUAACAUCGUGGCGAUUGGUGAAAGCGCGGGUAGCGCUGUAGUGACGUCAUACUUGAUUACUGAAAUGGCAAAUGGCUUGGUGAACAAGAUUAUAGCUUUAUCCGGAGUUUGCGUGUCGGAUUUGUUUAUGAUAGAUGACGACCCUAUUUUCAAAGCUAAACACUUAGCGACGACCUUUCAACAAGAAUUUAGUGAUGUGAGAAGUUUAUACGAUUAUCUCAUGAAACUUCCUAUUGAAGAAUUGUUGUACGCAGCAGCCAUGGUUGAGUAUUCCAGACCACCGUCAAUAAUAAGUGCUUACUUUCUUCCCGUUGUUGAAAAGAAAUUUGUCAACGAGAGAUACUUUGAUGAAUACCCUUUAAUUAAAUUCCGAGAAAAUCGACAUAAGAAUUUGCCUGUUCUGUUUGGCGUGAAUACUUAUGAAGGAGGUUUUUUCAUCCGUCAGGACAAAGCUGGAAACAUAAAAUUUGAGAAUGAUUUUCGUUAUUUCAUACCACGUUUUUUGUUUGUCCAACCAUAUAGUGCUGAUGCGGUUGACAUUGCAAAAAAGAUGAGAAAUUAUUAUUUUGAUGGUGCAGCAAUAGAUCAAACGAAAAAACUGAAUUACAUAAAUUUUGUAUCUGAUGCCUAUUUCAAAAGGGACAUUAUGACAUUUUUAAAUACCUUUGGAAAGCACUCUGAUCGCGGAUUAUACGUGUUUCAACUUUCACAUUCGAGUAAAAUGAAUACCAGAAAAGCGCAACAGCUAGGACUAAAAGGCACGGUCCAUGGAGAUCUGUUACAAUAUAUUUUUUACAGAAAGGGAAAAGCUGACAUUGCAAAUGAAAAAGACAGAGAAAUAAUAACCAUUUUAAAUCAGACAAUUAGUAACUUCGCCAGAACUGGAGUUCCGAGAUGGUCCAACAUGCCUAUUGAAUGGAAACCUUACACAGACUGCCAACGUCAUGUUCUAGAGAUUGACGAGAACAUAAAACUUAUUCAGGACUUUGGCGACGGAAUUGAUAGAUUUUGGAGUAGUUUGGGGCAGAGAUCAAAACUGUGAUA